AUGGUGGGUGCUGCGACGCGGCUUGCUUUCUGCGGGAUCGCUGGUCUCGUUAACGCACUUCAAAUCCCAUCUGAGUUCAAGCAACCUCCGAGUGCAGAGGUUGAUGCAGUCGAUCCUCUCAUCGGCAAUGGUGGAGACACACCCAACGGUUCAGGUGGUAUGAUCCCCAGUACCGCGCCGCCUUUCGGUAUGACGCGUUGGGUGGCCCAGACGACGGAGAACUACGUCUCUGUCACCCCAUACAAUCACACUUAUACCAGCGUACACGGCUUCCAGGGCACGCAUCAGCCGGCAAUAUGGAUGGGCGAGAGCGGCACUGUCGUGGUGGUCCCCGGGACGGGCGAGGUGAAGACGACAUUCGAAGACCGCGGGCUAGAGAUUUCGUAUGCCGACGAUGAAAGGCAAGAAGCCGUGAGUGUGAGCUACUAUGCUGUAGAGCUCGAGGCAGACGAGGGUAUUCUGAAAGCAGAGAUGAGUGCUUCUUCUCGCGUCGGACACUUGCGGUUCACGUUUCCGACAAAAGAGGGCGAUGUGCUUGGACCUUACGUGUUGUUGGAAGCAACACGACCCUCGAUUCUCGGAUCCCCAGCCUCACCAGAUGGCUCGUGGGUGUCGUACCCGUCUGGGAGUGUAUCGGUAAAUGUCGAGGCGAGUACGAUUUGCGGACGGAACCCUGAGCGACAAGAUGAGAUUAUCGGCCCAAACGCGGCAGUCGGAUGGGCAGGCUAUUUCUGCGCGCGAUUCAGCGUUCCCGUCGUUAGUGUGGGAAUAGUGCAGAACGGGACAGAGUUGGCUGCGGGCGUGAUGAACGCAGAAGGUACGCUGCUCUCAGCGUAUGGGCGGUUUGCACCAGGCACACAGGUUGUGGACGUGCGUGUGGGCGUGUCGUUCAUCUCGGAGGACCAGGCAUGGGCGAAUCUUGAAAAGGAGAUUCCGGAUGGGACCACGUUGGAGGAAACUGCUAAGCAGACGAGGGAGGCCUGGACGGACAAGCUGAGUCGGGUGCGGAUCGAGGGUGCAGAUGAAGAUGAGAGGAAGUCUUUCUACACAAGCAUCUUCCAUACUCUCCAGUAUCCGUACGAACAAGAUGAAGGCGGACAGUACUAUUCGGGCUAUGAUGACAGUAUACAUGAAGGAGUAUCGUAUACUGGCUACUCUAACUGGGAUACCUUCCGUGCCGAAUGGGCAUGGUUGAUUCUACUGGCGCCUGAGCGUAUACCAGGAAUGAUUCAGAGCAUGAUUCAAGACUAUGUAGAGGGCGGAUGGCUGCCGAUGUGGAAGAAUAUCGUUGAAACGAAUAUUAUGGUUGCAACACAUGCCGAUUCGCUCAUUGCUGAGGCUGUCGUGAAAAACAUUACGGGCUUCGACAUGGAAACCGCAUAUGCAGCUGUGUAUAAAGAUGCAACUGUACCACCGGUAGACGACUGGACGAUCUCAUAUUACGAUCGUGAGGAAGGUGUUGGUUACGAAGUCCGUGCAGGCUUAUCAUCAGUGUACGAGGAACGAGGGUGGGUUGCAGACGAUAUCCAUUCCGAAUCAGCCUCACGCACUCUUGACUAUGCAUACGAUGACUAUGCGGUGUCCGUGUUUGCGGCCCGCCUUGGAAAGACGGAGAAUGCGACUUUCUUCCGAAAUCGUGCAAUGACAGCUCCAUUCACAAUAUUCAACUCUGACACUGGGUUCAUGGAAGCACGCAACGUGAAUGGAAGCUGGGCAGGUCAAGAUCAGGGGUGGACUGAGGGUGAUAUGUGGGCGUAUACAUUUGAUGUGAUCCAGGAUAUACCAGGGCUCAUCGAGCGCCGGGGUGGAAAUGCUUCGUUUGUGCAGUUCCUGGAUGAACAUUUUAACGGAGGCCAUAACGAUCAAACCAACGAGCCCUCGCACCAUAUCCCGUACCUGUAUGCGCUAGCUGGCGCUGCAUCAAAGGGACAGGAACGUAUCCGCCAAAUCGCCGCUGCCAACUACAAUGCUACUAUUGACGGUCUGUCAGGGAAUGAUGACUGCGGCCAAAUGAGUGCCUGGUACAUCUUCAGUGCGCUGGGAUUCUAUCCUGUUGAUCCUGUCUCUGCGACAUAUGUGAUUGGCACACCAUUUUACGACAAGGUUACAAUCGAUCUCCCGGGAGCGUCGCGUCCUCUAGUAAUCACUUCGCGAGGCGCGCCGACGAUGCCGUACAUCAAGUCGCUCACUGUGAACGGCGACAUGAUGACGGUGCCCAUCAUUACUCAUGAGCAGAUUGUGGACGGUGGCGAAAUUGUGUUUGAGAUGAACACACAGCCAGAAACCUGGGCGUCAUCUACUCUGGUUGGAGCACAUACCAAUACUGGAGGAAACCCCGGUCACGACGAGUUAUGA